UUGUCUCCUGUUUUAGUGAGAUAGAUAUCUCACCACAUGCCCCAUGCCUUAUUUUCAAGUUGCAAUAACUCUCUAGUACCUACUCUACAUAAAGAUACAGUUAAUCGUUGUAAAAAUAAAAGAGAAAAAAAGAAGUUAAUCUUUGUUAAAAUGGACGAAUUUCUUCGUUUGAAAUGGGAUUCCACCUCCAAUAAAUCUUAUUUAGAAAAGCAAGUGUGUACUUUUGUGACCAACGAGUGUUUAUUAGAGUCCUAUGUAUAUCAGAACUUGAGAAAACAAUUAAAUAAACCUCAGGACAUACUGCUACUGAAUAAUGAAGUGAACUUUAUACCUGGUGGAAAAUAUUCUCCUCAAUUUCCAAGGAAAUCUUUAUUAACUCGGGAACAACAAGAACAGUGCCUCAGUGCAAUCAAAUUACUGGUACUCAAUAAACCCUCCUAUCAGUUGAAACAAACAGAGUCAUUCAGUAUAGAAGUUUUCAAAAGUUUGAAUUGUAAGAUUGCUGAAGAACAUAAGAUGUUCAAUGAAUUUGUAAAGCAUUGUUGGGAAAGUGAUAAAGGAAGAAUAGGUGCAAUCAAGAAUAAUCUCUAUAGAUACGCCUGUAUAUUAAAUAAAAAAAAGAUUAGGAGAUAUUUGGAAUAUAAGAGAUAUUAUAAGGAAGAAGAUUUGAUAAAUAUGAGUUAUAACGAAGAUGAAACAGUUACAAUUGAAGUCAACUGUAUGCAAAACUUAUUAGAAUUAGGAACUCUGGCUAGAUUUUCACAUCCAAGCUUGAAAUUUGAAUGUCGAUUGAGUGCACAGACUUUACCUUCAAUACAGCCUAUUAGAUUUAAUUCUAAAAUGCCAGUCAGUAAAGAUGGGAAUAUAAGACAGUUACUGAAGAAUAACGAUUUUGAUAUCGUAAUAUCAUCUAGUGGCUUGAAGAGGUUGUUAGAUAACACAGAUUUGAAGGAGAAAUGGACCAUCCCUGUAGUGGUGGAAUUAAUUAAUGUUCAAAGAGGAAGGGAAAUACAUAAGAAGAAAGUUGUAUUUAUUGAUAAGCCAUUCGUUAAAAAUCGCCCUGAUCCGCUCGAUUUGAAAUAUAUAAGCAUGAAGAGAUUAGUAAGAACGAAUUUUUGUCAUUAUGAAGCAUUCAAAUAUGAAAAUCAAGAAAUUUGUUUUGAAGAAAAUAAAUGUGAACAGACCAAGAUAAAUGGAUGUGAUGGGAACUCAGAAGAUAACCUAGAAGAAAAGUUACCAUGGAAAAAGAAAUCAGGUUCCAGUGACCUUAUUCAUCACAAUGUCAAUUAUCGUUUAUGGAAAGUUCGAAAGAAUGUUAACAGUAACACACUUUUGAAAAACCAAAUGAAAAACACUGAAUUAAAUCUGUUGAUAAGAUCCAAACUUGAUGCCUGCGAGGUUUCGCAAGCGGACGCUCUACAACCUGUAAUCAUCAAACCUAAAGUUGAAUUACAAUUGCAAUACGGUGCUAAUAUUCCUACAAAAAGUGAGCUUUCCAGAGAGUGGACUUCACUAUUUUUCAGACCAUUUUCUAAUUUAUAUAGAGUGAGGACGCACUGGAACACUGCAGAAGUGGUGAACCUUGAAAAAUGUUCAAUUCAGAAGGUCGCAAAUGAGGCUAAUCAGUUGUACCAGUAUAAACCAUAUUUGGGACUUGGUGUAUUGAAUGAUGUACUGACUAAAUUGGUCGAAUUGAGUGAAGGAAGUUACCUCUUAGCUCAUCUACCAAAACAUGGAUCUUUUGUGUCUUUGUUGAAAGAAUGUGAAAGUGUUUCACAUUCCCUGGAUUUGCAUUCAGAAUAUACCGACUAUAGAAUUAGUGAUAUUGUAGAAAGAAAUUGGGUUCCAAUAGAUCUGAACUAUAUAUUACCAAUACAUGAGUCACAAAACCGACCACCGGGAUGUUUUAUGCCACCUUUGCAAGGAAAACAUGGAAAUUUCAAAAAGAAGAACAAACCAACUUUACAACAGAAAAAACCAAAUUGAUUUUAUUGCUAUGUGAAUUCAUUUUACUCUUUCAACCAGUUAUAAAUGAUAUUUUAGGUAUAGGAAUAUGCAUUGAAUAGGAAACAGGAUUUUAAUUCAAAAAAUCAAAACUCUGUUCAUAAUACAUAGUUCACAAAUAAUUUCAGAAUUUUGAUCGAAAAAACUUAGUUAUUAAUUAUUUACAAAAACAGGUUACAUUUGAACUGUUACUGUUAGAAUUGAUUGGGGAAAACUGUUAGAGAAAUGUAUAAUUCAAUAUGAGGCAAAAUACAGUCUGUUUGCACA